AUGAUGUCGACAAGAUCUGUUCAACUUUUUUGCUUACUUAUUUGUUCUCUGGUCAUCAGCAAAACUGAUUCUACAAAACUAAAUGAAUCACUGAAACAAGAGAAAGGAACAGAUCAUGCAUAUUUUGUCGUUAAAACGACUGUUCAGAAUGCUGUGUCAAAAGGAGCAGUUUGCCUGGACGGAUCACCUCCAACGUAUCAUCUUGAUCGAGGAUUUGGACAUGGAGUCAGAAACUGGAUUAUUCUACUCUCAGGAGGAGCAUGGUGCAGAAACAUCACAGAUUGCCUGAACCGUUCCAAGACUGACUUGGGUUCUUCAAAACUUAUGCUGCCAUUUAUAUUUUUAGGCAUUUUCAGCAAGAGCAAAAGAGAAAAUCCAGACUUUUACAAUUGGAACAAAGUCUUUGUUAGGUAUUGUGAUGGUGGAGCUUUCACAGGAGAUAUCGAAAGGGUUGAUCCUGCUACCAAUCUUCAUUUUAGAGGUGCAAGGAUAUUUGAUGCAGUAAUUGAGGAUCUUUUAGCAAAAGGAUUAAAGGAUGCGAAGAACGCCAUUCUUUCUGGCGGUUCUGCUAAUGGAUAUCCAGCAAUGCUAUACUGUGACCACUUCCACAAUUUAUUGCCUAAAGCUCAUAGAGUGAAAUGCUUGGUUGAUGCUGGUUAUUUUAUCCGUGUGAAAAAUCCACUGCUAUCAAAUGUGUUUGAGUCUAUCUUUACAGAUGUUGUUACUUUACAUGGAUCUACUAAAAUGUUACCAAAAUCAUGCACUUCAAGAAUGAAACCGGAAUUGUGUUUCUUCCCAGAAAACAUACAACAAGAUAUCAAGACGCCAUUUUUUACUGUGAUGUCAGCAUUUGAUAGUUAUCAGGUGAACAGUAUUAUAGGGCCUAAUAUCGGCGAAUACAUUCAAGCCAGAAAUUGCACUGAAAGUCAGAACAAUGCUUUCAAAGAAUUGAGGUCGGAAUUCCUAAGAGCUUUGCCCAAAGCAAAUGAUCCAAAACAAAGAGGAGCUUUCAUUGACUCUUUCAAUCGUCAUACACAGCUUGAACUAUGGUGGAAUAAAAUCAAUGCCACUCCGGUUAAUAAUCUGACAACAAUUAAGGUAUUUGGUGAUUGGUAUUAUGAUCGAAAAUACUCUUAUGUGAUCGAUGAGCAUGAAUUGCCACUCCCUGUUUAUUUAUACAACAACGGUACUCUCAAGUCUCGUGGAUAA